GAACCAACGGGCGCGGCCGCGCUGCCGGCCGGCCCCGCGUCGGGCCGGAAGUGGGGGCGCUGCGCGGAGCCGGCGGCGGCGCCGCUCGGGGCCGGCGGGGCGGGAGCCCGGCCCGGCCGCGGGGCUGCUGCACGAUGGCCCACAGCCAGGCUCGGAAGCGGUCACGAAGCAGGAGCAAAAGCAAUUCUCGGAGCAGACAGGAGAGGAGGGAGAAGAAAAGGAGGAAGAGCAGCAAGGACUCACAGCAGGGCAGCAGCUCCCCUCCGAGGAAGCAGACCUCUGGGUCUCACAGACACAAGUCGAGCUCGGUGGCAGCUGGGGAAGAGAAGAAGAAGAAAGGAAAGGACAAAAAGAAGAGGAAGGCAAGUCCCUCCUCCUCUGAGACAGCAUCUUCAUCCAGCGGCUCCUCGUCUUCCUCUUCCUCCAGCUCCUCUUCUGGUGACUCCAGUGACAGCGACUCCAAAACAAAGAAGAGUCGACACAGCAAAAAAAAGCAAGCAAAAGAGAAAGACAAAAAGAAGAAGAAGAAGAAGAACAAGAAGAAGAAAAUAAAGAAGAAAUCAAAAAAGAAGUCAAAGGAAAAGGCUAAGGAGAAGAAAGCCAAGGGAGAAGCAGUGCCCGGCCCCUCGCUGGAGCAGUGGCAGAAGGAGUCGCUGGUGGACACCGGCCCAGUUCUGACAGACGAACAAAAAUCGCGAAUCCAGGCUAUGAAGCCAAUGACAAAGGAAGAAUGGGACACAAGGCAGAGUGUCAUAAGGAGAGUUGUGGAUCCCGAAACAGGGAGAACCAGGCUUAUUAAGGGCGAUGGAGAAGUACUAGAAGAAAUCGUCAGCAAGGAGAGACACAAGGAGAUAAACAAGCAAGCCACCCGGGGGGACGGGCUGGCCUUCCAGGUGCGGACAGGGAUGCUGCAGUGAGCACGCGGGUGCCAGCCGUGCCAGGAGCCUGUCCCGCUGCUGGUGCCAGCCCAGGCCUGAGCCUCCGUCUCUGGACCACAACGGUGACCUGCGCCAAGACACUUCCCCAGGGGCAGUUUCCAGCCGCUCCGUAAGUUGCUGACAGGGAAGGAGAGUGGCUUUAAUGGUUCAUCUCCCAGUAAACAGCUUCUCUCCUCCCUCUCCUGAGGCCAGCGUGGCUGUAACGCACGCGAGCCCUGCUGGCCCCAACACCCCUCUGGAGGCUGGUGGUGCUGGGCAGCACCCAGGGGACAGGCUCGUUGGUGCUGAGCACCUCAAAGUGGUGCUGUCCCAUGGCUCUGGGUGGGCAGGAGCCAGUGCUGUGGCCUGGGCAGUGCACGUACCAGGGCUGCAAAACACAGCUGGCUGCCGUCGUCCCUUCAGGGGCUGCUCGUGGCCCCUUCCUCGCUGGAUCUGCGUGUCCCCUGCUUACCGGGGGCUGCAGCUCGUGGGCCCUGGGCACUCGCUGACACCCCAGCAGCCAUGGCCCUGCUUGGGUCAGCUCUCCUCUGCGCCUUCAGGUGCCACCCUCCGCUGUGCCCCGCGGCUUUACUCAGCCUUUCUGCAGCUUCAUCUCAUCAGGUGGUGCUGGGGGGGGCACUGACCGGGCUGGCUGUACAGUGGGGGGGUGGGCAGGCGCUUUGCAGAGGGGGGGCUUUACCUUGCUGUCUGUUCCUGCACGCAGUUUGUGUCCCCUUCCGCACAGCGCAGGCCCUGGGCAGCAGUGGGGCUCAGGGCUUCUCGGGGCAGUGCCCGUGGCCACUGAAGCAAACACCUGGCCCUUCCCCCACUGCAAAGUGGAUAAAUUUACAAACGGUAAAAAGAAAAAAAGUGGGGAAAAAAAAAAAAAGGGACAAACACAUUAAAGGACAAAUGGGUCCUGCAGGACCGAUCUGCGCAGAAGGUUUCCACGCCCCGUUCGUUGCUGUAGCCCCAUUAAACUGGUGUCUGCUCA